UGACACUGAGCCAGAGCCCUCGGGAACGGGAUGAGCCAAAGCGCGUCCCCGCAGCGCGAGCUGCCCAGGGCUCUGCUGAGCUCAGACCUCUGCAGCAGCGCGGGGCUGGGAAGGCACAGGACCGCAGAUGUGCAAAACCUUAGAGGAAGGCAUGUGUGCUGAGCCCCAGCAGAUGGUACAGCAAAACCACCAGAAAGCAGAAAGAGGUGGGGAAGCCCACUUGCUCGGGAGCUACUGAUGCGGACAGGGAGAAGGGCUGCCUGCCACGAUGGCUUUUACGUGGUGCGUGGACGCCUUUCCUAGAAAGGGUUUAGUGGAGACGGGAAACUUCCCUGUUCCCUGCAGCAGCGGGUUCUGACCGACAAAGCAGGCUCUGCUGUGGAAACUCUCCUCUUGUCCCUGUGCCACAGCCAGAUCCUCACGUUCCAAGUGCAGACGCAGGAUCCGCUUUGCUCUGUGAGCUCUCGGCACAGAGCGCGUGUGCACGUGUGCUGCGGUGCGUGCAGCCCUCGGAGCGCGCGCUGAGGAAGAACCUGAGCACCCGUGUCUGCAGGGAGCGCGGGCUGCAGCGCAGCGGUCUGCCACCGCUGAGAGCACGAGGAGGAGGAGGGUCCGACCGCCAGGGCACGUCACCGGGUCCUGCCGAGGGGCAGGAAGUAUAAAAGGCAGUUUCCCAAAGAGGGGCUCAGGCAGGAGCCGGCGCACACUCAGGCUGCGCUGUGGCAUACGAUGCUCUCGCCAGCCCUGUGACUUUGGCUGUUAGCAACAAGACCAUGGACGGCGGCAAACAGCUGAAGGCCACCCUUGUUUUCAGCCUUCCCCUAAUUUUUCAGUUCUGUGCCGCGAACAACGUCACCGAUGACUAUGACGCCAACACCACCAUUGACUAUAACAUGUUUGAGAUCCUGUGUGAGAAGAAGGAAGUCCGUGAUUUCCGUGCUGCCUUCCUCCCAGCCAUGUACUCCCUCAUCUGCUUCACGGGGCUGCUGGGAAACGGGCUGGUGAUGCUCACCUACAUCUACUUCAAGCGGCUGAAGACCAUGACAGACAUCUACUUGCUGAACCUGGCCCUGGCAGACAUCCUCUUCCUGCUGACCCUCCCAUUCUGGGCCACAAGUGCAGCCACGUUCUGGUGUUUUGGAGAAUUUGCCUGCAAAGCAGUCUAUUGCAUCUGCAAAAUGAGCUUCUUCAGCGGGAUGCUGCUCCUGCUGUCCAUCAGCAUCGACAGGUACUUUGCCAUUGUUCAGGCUGCCUCGGCCCACCGCUUCCGUCCCCGAAUGAUAUUCAUUAGCAAGGUCACGUGCAUCCUCAUUUGGCUCCUGGCCUUCGUUCUCUCAAUCCCCGAGCUGGUUCACAGCGGUGUAAAUAACUAUGAUAGCCAUCCCCGGUGCUCCAUCAUUGCUAAUGACUUGCAGACUUUCAACACUGGCAUCAAAGUGUCCCAGAUGGUUUUUGGCUUCUUAAUUCCCCUGGUGGUCAUGUCUGUCUGCUACCUCAUCAUUAUCAAAACAUUACUCCAGGCUCGAAACUUUGAGAAGAAUAAAGCGAUCAAGGUGAUCAUUGCGGUGGUCAUCGUCUUCGUGGUCUUCCAGCUGCCCUACAAUGGUGUCAUGCUGGCCAAGACCAUCUCAGUCUUCAACAACACCAGCUCAUGUGAGGAGAGCAAGAAGCUUGACAUGGCAGACGAUGUCACCUACACUCUAGCCUGCUUCCGAUGCUGCCUCAAUCCCUUCCUCUACGCCUUCAUAGGCGUCAAAUUCCGCAACGACCUCUUCAAGCUCUUGAAGGAGCUGGGCUGCCUGAGCCAGGAGCGCCUCUGGCAGCUGUCUUCCUGCCGUGAGAGCAAGAGGUUUUCCUUUGCCAUGGAGACAGAGACAACGACCACCUUCUCCCCGUGAGGAGAGGUCCAGGGAGGCUGAAGGCCGGUGUUGUUUUGUACACUGCUUCUAUUUUGAAUUACUGAUAGAGAAAGACCUGCCAUUACUUUAGGAAGGGCAGCUGCAAGAGGAAGACCAAAGAACCUCUCCAUAUUUCACUCAACGAGCAUUGCCAUCCAAUGUUUUCAUGGAUGGAGAGACUUCAAUAAAGACUCUGACUAACGGUAAAGAAAGGGAGAGGGAGACCAGUGAGUUUAGAAUUCAUCACCCCAUUUCACCUUUAUUUCCUAGCCAAAAUCAGAAAUGCUCAAAGUGGUACAUUUUCAUUAAAAGCAACAAGAAGCAAGAGAAGCGGAUGUAUGUGCUACAGAAUUGCUUGUUUUAGAGCUGAAUUUCCAAGAGCAUUGUCCUUGUUUUGCAUGUUGCAUUUAACAAGACCACCUGUUACUCUUCCACACGUACAAAAAUGACGCUCACUGCACUGAUCCAGCGCUCAAGACAAAACAGCACCAACAGCCCCAGGCUCCCAGAGCAACACAACACGCAGCGUAAGCUGUGAAGCAUCCUAGUAUGCAACUCUCUGCUCUGUCUUCCUCCAUGAACAGUACGGAAGUUGUGUAACCAAUACUAAAUUCAUACAUAUAAUAUGCAUCAUUUCAAUAACUGUGCAUAUUAUUGAGGCAUCUCAGGUUUGUCCACUUCACUUCUGCCUGUAGCAAUGACAUCUGGUGUUUCACCUCCUAAAGAACACUGCUUAUUGCAUCCCAGUGUUGACUUGCACUCUUUGGGAAUGCUGCUUCACUUUGGCAAUACAGCCUUCUUCAGCUUCUGAAAGGGCAUCUGCCUGCAUGAGGGCUGCUGCAGGGCUAGCUAGCAUAGUUUAGAUUCCAAUUUUUGCACAAAGACAAGUUAUUUGCAAGUGCCAAAGAUCUGAUGCCUUCCCAACCACCAGCCACACAAACUUGAACCAAGAAACAGGAACUUCAGUGACAGGUACUUCAGUAUAUUUUUAGCACCCAGUUCUUCAGCCUGUCCUCACAUCAGCCGUACUCCUGACAUGCUGAGGGAGUCUUUACUUACAUGCCCGAUGUGAAAGCACGCGUUUUGGCAGACUACUGCCAGAAUGCUCAGCAUUCAAGCCCAGGGCAAAUCUGAACCUAUUUCUUAGGGCAAAACUUAAAUUCAGGAUAUAACUGUGCCCAUGGUCUGACCACUGCAAUCUGUCAGUAUCCAAAGCUCACCGCUAUCCACCCUUAUCAGCUGCGUGGACACAGCUGCUGACUGUCACAUACACGUGGGGGUUUCUGUGCUGUUGCUUGCUGACCUCAAGAGAUAAAAUCACAAGCCUGGGUUUCCUUCUCCCUUACCAACCUACAUGACUUUCUAGGAGAACUUCAGCAGCUGUCUUUUUAUGUCAGAUAUGUAUUUCACUUAUAAGCUAUUGAAAAUGUGUUUAGCAUUCAUACUGUCACUCCUAAUAACGAUGCCAUUCACUGCAGUUUGAUUUAAACGCAAAGGACAGUCACGGGUUGAAGAUUACUGCCAGGGUGACAUACUUGAAAGGAACAUGGCAGCUGAACACCAGAUGACUGUCAUGUAAAACAAGGCCUUGAACACGGUGCCAGUCGGUGCAUUUACCAGACGGACGAAGAUUCCUACCAGCAGACGAACACCCUGGGAGCUGCUGUUAUGGGACAUCUGAACGUCAGCUGGGGAGGAGCUGCUGCAAUUGUUUGUGCAUCUGUUACUGACUUCCAUGCUCUGAUCCCCACAGCACACAGCUCUCCCCAGAACCAUACAACAAAGGCAGAAAGCCUUGGCUCCUAGCGCUGGGCAGGGACCUAACGCAGUGGACAUUCCAGCCCCACCUUCUGGAGCAGCAGAUGAACAGCUCUGAUUUGUGGAACCUGUGGGGCACAUUCCUGCGGACAUACAGAGCUGUGCAGGGCAGAACACAUACUGACAGACACUCCUCUCAGUACCACUCACAGAAACAUUCAGAGUGACACAGGGAACUCUCUGGAUCGUAGGUCAAAAAAACUUUAGUUCUAGAGACAUGACAAAAUCCACCUUCAAGUAGAGAUCCCCAUUAGUAGUUUUUGAGACGAUGCUGCCAGUUACGUGGUGGGCUGCCAAUCACCAUUUUAAGAAUUCUUCUUCCUAAACCAUCUGGCUCAGAGGUGUGGGAUUUUGCCAUGAGCUGAACUCAGGAAGAAAGCACCCUCUGCUCUGAAUAACCCGUCUGUGUUGAAUGACAAUCCCAUCCUCUUGUUCCAAGCGUUUUCUUUUAUAAUGCCCAUUUAACACGUACAGUAAGUGCUGCUUCUCAGUCAUAUCAAAGGAGGGGUUAAGACUGGCACACCGAAUUGUCGUUUGUUCUUGUUUUCCUCCUGCAUUUCUUAUUCAGGCGAGGAAAAGUUGACCAGAGUAAGGAACACCGAUCACACGGGCUCCUCCUAGUUUCCUUCACCAGUAACAAUGUACUCUUAAUGUAUAUUCAGAUGUCAAGCUGCUUUUCAUAGAUAAAGUUCAGCAGGCACAUGAAUGUACCCUGAAAUACACUGCUUUCACUGAAUCUUUUUAUGCAAAAUACACUCCCCUAACUUAUUCUAGCAGGGAAAACUGCCUCACCAAAACAUGCAAUUGUACCUGCAGCCUGUUUAAUAAAAACCAUUUCCUUCCAAAAAAUGAGAAGUUUUUAGGUCUUUGCCAACGGGACGUACUCUGCAUAGGGAAAUACGCAGCGGCCUUUGUAAGAAUGAGAAACAAAGCAGCAUCUGGGACAGCUGCAUCUGGUGCCUCCUCGACGAGGCAGCGGUGACUGCAGAGCGCGUGGCUCUGGGUAAAAGCGCUCAGCCACCACCCAAAGCUGAGGUUCUCCCAUGAAGUCUGAGGACUGACUGUAUGUUGCUACUCGAUGGAAAUAAAUUAUGACCAUUUUGAAAAUA